GUGAAGACGUGUGUACUUUCUGUUUCUUCAGUAGAGGUACGUAGCUGGUAGCCAGUCAAAACUGGCCACGGAAUUUUGGAAUUUUCUCAAGUGUUUACCAAGUCAUUGCCGAAACGGGUCCGGCAGAGUUUGAAGAUUAUGUGUUAAAUUUAUUAGCUCAACUUCAGCGCUAAUACCAGCCUACAAGAUGAGAGAAGUGGUACUCACUGCAGCCAGCUUGGCGUUAACUGGGGCUGUUGUAGCGAAUGCUUACUACCAAAAGAAUCAAUUUUACCCUUCUGUUGUGUACUUAACCAAGUCUAGUCCAAGUAUGGCGGUUUUGUACAUUCAAGCUUUCGUGCUUGUGAUCCUAUUCGGUAAAAUGAUGCGAAAAGUUUUCUUUGGACACCUGCGAGCGGCUGAGAUGGAGCAUCUCAUUGAAAGAUCAUGGUAUGCAGUCACUGAAACCUGCUUGGCAUUCACAGUUUUCCGCGAUGACUUUAGCCCUCGAUUUGUUGCUCAGUUUACAAUGCUGUUGUUUCUAAAAUGCUUCCAUUGGUUAGCAGAAGAUAGGGUUGACUACAUGGAAAGAAGUCCAGUAUUGACUUGGUUAUUCCAUGUCCGAGCAGUGUUGCUUCUCAUGUUUUUAGGGAUGGUCGAUGCAGUUCUUGUGCAUAUUGCAUACAAUACAACAAUGCAAAGUGGAGCAUCAGUACAACUUGUUUUUGGAUUUGAGUAUGCCAUUCUCUUAACAAUAGUGGUAACCAUUCAGAUGAAAUAUGUCCUGCACAUUGUAGACCUACGAAGUGAAAAUCCUUGGGAUAACAAAGCAGUCUAUCUAUUGUACACUGAAUUAAUUACAGGUUUUAUCAAGAGUGUUCUUUAUAUUUGUUUCAUGAUCAUCAUGAUCAAAGUACACACAUUCCCACUUUUUGCCAUUAGACCCAUGUACUUGACAUUAAGGGGAUUCAAGAAAUGUAUUAGUGAUGUUAUUAUGUCUCGGCGUGCCAUUUCAAAUAUGAAUACACUUUAUCCUGAUGCCACACCUGAAGAACUCCAACAAGGGGACAAUGUAUGCAUUAUAUGUCGUGAAGAAAUGACAACAGGCUGUAAAAAAUUGCCAUGCAACCAUAUAUUCCACACAAGCUGCCUACGCUCUUGGUUUCAAAGGCAGCAAACAUGUCCAACAUGUAGAAUGGAUGUGCUUAGACCUCAGCCCCCGCCACAACCUCAGCAGCCACCACCCCCACCCUCCCAACAUGGACUUUUCGUCUCUGAAUAUUGAGCAGCUGGUCGCUGUUGAAGGUCAGGAAAGACAGAAUGUGGAAGCAAGAAUAAACAUGUUACGGACUGUACAUGCUCUGCUGGAUGCGGCCAUAGUCCAGCUUAAUCAGUACACUCAAAUGAUAAAUGCGCAGAGACAACCGCCCUUAAAUGUCCCUCAGCCGUCGACCUCAGCAGGACCCUCGGGACUUGGAACCAGGGAAGCAGGUCCCUCGGGACUUGGAACCAGGGAAGCAGGUCCCUCGGGACUUGUAACCAGGGAAGCAGGUCCCUCGGGACUUGGAACCAGGGAAGCUGGUCCUUCGGGACUGGGAACGACAGAAGGUGGUCCCUUAGGACAUGGGUCAGUAGGCGCAGUGUCUUCGGUACUCGGUGGAACGACGAAGGCAGCGGGAACGAAUCCAGUCUUAUCAGCAGGGACGUCAUCUUCACCUAAACCUGGGCCUUCUACGGAGUCUGAUUGUCCAGCUUCAAAAGACUCGGCGGCGAAAGCCGGAGUUUCAUCAGAUAAAGACAUUUCACAAACAGAACCGGACUCAAAUGGCGAGAACUCUGAAAUAAGGAGGCGUAGACUGGAGCGAUUUUCGAGCGCCAUGAAUCAAGACAGCGGUGAUAAGGAGCAGGAGACCUGAUACUGUAUACUGCUGUUAGAAACAUAGUUUUCAGGAAUCUUAAAUGACUUGCACAUGCCACCUUCGAACAAAGCAUAGUUUAUCGAGCAGUGACUCCUAAGUUAAAAUCUUAUUUAAGGAUUUUUAGCUGUUUACCGGUAAAUGGAACGGGUUCGUAAGCCAGUUCUUCGGUGUCGGGAAGAAUGAGAUAGAUUCCAAGAAAUUGUUUCUCGUGAAGGGCAACAACAGAAAGGACAUCUUUCUUUUAAACGGGAACAUCCGAGAGAAGGAAAUCGCAAAAAAUUUAACUCAAAAUAAACAACUUUAAUAGUUUUACAGGAAUAUUUUUCAUUUUUGUAGACGCAUAUGGAAUAUCAAAUAACAACGCGUUGAACUUGA